AAAAGAACUAGGCACGGUGACUUUGAUCCUAAUACUCAGAAGACAGAAGCAGAAGCAAGUGAAUCUCCAUAAUUUUAAGAUCCAGCUUGGUCUGCAUAGCUAGUUCAGGCUAGUCAUGGCUGUAUAGCGAGAUCCUCUCUCAAGAACUAAAGAAAGGGGGAAAAAAGAAAGGAAGAAAGAAAGAGAAGAAAAGGAAAAACUGAUCUCAUGGCAGUUAAAAUGAGAGUGGAACAUGACCUUGCUCAGUGAUUUAGAGUAAAGAGCUGCAAGAUUUUCUUGGAGGGAGGAAUGAGCUCAGGAUACCACUAGUUACCAGGGAUGUGAGUGAAUCAGCUCCAGGAAGUAGAGUGGGUAGCAUUGUGUGGUCCAGAAGGAAGGCCAGAAUAAGUGCUUUAGAUGAUCUCCCCGGAUGGCUUUUACUGUACCUGGGGCCCUCACAGAGACUGAAUGCCAUUCAGGUGCAACUCUUUGGUCACUGACCAGACACUCUGGUGCUAGAGGUUAUAGAAGGCUCUUGGAAUUUACUGGUUGGGAGCCGGAGUUGCUCUGUACAGGUUCAGCAGUCAUAUCAGCCAGCUUGCUGGUGGAGGUGCAGUGAACAGGACACUGUCGAGAAUGCAGAUAGCCUAUACUCCUUGGCCAGUGGGACAGAGCUUUGAACAGUUGUCAUGUCUAUCACAAGGACACAAAUUGACAGUUAAGGUCGGAGUUUGGAGGUAAAGACUAUCUCAUUUAUUCGAUUAUUGAACAUUUUUUUAGCACUUACCAGAUAUCAGGUCAAUGGUCCGGGCAUGAGGGAUUAUACAAAGAGUAAGAUAAAAUCUCUGCCAGAAGUAUCUCAAAUUCCAGUGGAAUGAAGGAAGCCGGAAUACACACACUCCCACACUCGCACAUACACUCACACAUGUACACGCACAUCUCAUAAUAAUACAUGUUAUGAAAGAAAGUAAAAUUAGAUAUGAAGGGUAUAGAAAUGGAUGGGAAGGGAAGGUAGUGUCACUUUACAUUUGUGGCCAGAAAAGACCUCUCUGUAAAGGUGACAUUUAACGAAGACUGGAGAAAAAGAAUAUGCAAGCUCUGUGGUCAUCUGCAGGAGGAGGACUGCAGGUUACAGAAAUAGCAAAACAUUAAACAGUUUCAGCAGAUUCAAUAAGCGAGGAGGAAAAUGGCUAGAGUAGAGUAAAGGAGAAAGUACCAGCCAAUCAAAAGAGGGAGAUUCUUGUAGGCCAUGGUGAGAAUUCUAGGUUUUAUUUCAUUACAGCAUGAAAUGAGCAGCCCUUAAGAAAAACUUUGAGCUGGAGAUAUAAGCAUCAGCUGUCAUGCAAACUAUACCUCAAAGGUCACUACAGCUGCCAUGUUGAGAGAAGCCAGGGCAGACUUAGCCUGUAGUAGUCCAGGAUGAAAUGAUGGCAGCUCCCCUCCAGGUAGGGAGGGAGCAGUGGAGGUUGUUCAGCUGUGGUUCUGCUCAUGUUGGGAGGGUACUGGGGAAAGAAUGAGCCACUGAUUGCCCCAAAGAUUAAAGGACAAAAGAAAGCCAAUACCAAGGAUUUGGUCUGAAGAGACCAAAGAACAUGCUGCCCUUUGCUGAGAUAGGGGAGAGCUAAGUUUGGGGAAAAUAGAAUGAGUUUGGGAUGGCUAGACACCAAAAUUAGGAUGAAAAUGGUGUGGGCUCUACCUUUCUAAAACCUAAGUCAAAGAGAAUUGAUACUGAGCCUUCAUGCAGAGGAGGUAGGAGUGGGGUAUGCAAAGUCUGAGUACAAGAUGGAGAGCCUGGGAAGGGUCUCUAAACUAGAAGCAAACAGAUAAGACUGAGCAUGAGAAUGGAAGGUGUGGAAAUGUUCCCAACUAACCUGAGGCGAAGCCUUUGCUAAAACUGAGCUGCAGGGAACUGCAGUGGACUAGGGUAGAGGAUUACAAUGGAGAGCAGUCAGCUAGGCUUCAGGGAAGAAGAGGGAAUGACCUGAGCUUCCAAAAAGGAGGUAACUUUGGCAUAGAGACAGAGGGAAUAGAAAGAAGCAAGGGCAGUUGGUAAGACAGAUGAAUGAAGUCGGAGUUGGCAAGAAUGGUGUCCUGGAGACCCCCAAAACAAAAUGCAGGCUAUUGCCCUUGUUCUUGGGUAUCCACCAGGACUUGAUGCUUCUGGAUAACUGGCCAGGAUAUGAUUUGGAUUUAUUCACGUACCCACAGCACUAUUAUGGUGAUCUGGAGUGUGUGCUCAUCCCUCAUGGCAUCAUAGUGGACAGAAUUGAGAGGCUGGCUAAGGAUAUAAUGAAAGAUAUAGGCUACCACGAUAUUCUGGUCCUGUGUGUACUGAAAGGAGGUUACAAGUUCUGUGCUGAUCUUGUAGAGCACCUCAAGAAUAUCAGCCGGAAUUCAGAUCACUUUGUUUCAAUGAAGGUUGACUUCAUCAGACUCAAGAGCUACAAGAACGAUCAGUCCAUGGGUGAGAUGCAGAUCAUUGGAGGAGAGGAUCUUUCAACCCUGGCUGGAAAGAAUGUCCUCAUUGUUGAGGAUGUUGUUGGAACUGGGAGGACCAUGAAAGCUCUGCUCAGCAACAUCGAGAAGUACAAACCCAACAUGGUUAAGGUAGCCAGUUUGUUGGUGAAAAGAACAGCCAGAAGUGACACCGUUAGACCUGACUAUGCUGGAUUUGAGAUCCCAGAUGUCUUUGUGGUAGGCUACGCGUUAGACUACAAUGAAUACUUCCGAGACCUGAAUCACAUAUGUGUGAUCAAUGAACAUGGUAAAGAAAAAUAUCGAAUAUGAUGAGGCAAAAACUGUCAACAUCUCCUUCCCGGAUAAUGACAUGAUUCUUCUACUCUACUCAGGAAGCCAGAGUAUAAAGUCUGUCUCCACAGCCAUCCCAUCUUCACUCAGCAGGGUAUAAAAGACUGUUUUAAGAAAUGAGAUUUUUUUUCCCCCACAGAUUAGAAAUGUAAGUACAAACGGUUGUUUUGGGAAGAAAAGACUAUGCUUGCCCUUGACUCAUUACAAAUUAAACUUCUGAUCCCCCAAAUCCCACCCACCCAACCUUCUGAUAUAGUGUAGUCAUGUGCUCGUGACUCUUCCCAGGAAUACGCCCACCUGGUGACUCAAAUAUUGUUCACUUAACUCUUUUAAAGCUAUGUUUUUUAAAUAACAUUUUAUGACAUUUUAUGAACCCAAAGCCUCUCCAAUCUCUUCCUGAGCCUGUACAGUAAGAAUGCAGCUAGGUUCCCUUACUAAAAUAGGAGUAAACGGACAGUUUCUCCUGAGUCUGUUUGCCGGGUUCUGACAGGACAUUAUUAUCUGCUUUGACAAAGCCUUUCAGAAGUGAGGGUACAAUGAAUCUUAAUGAUGUUAUGAAAUGAGCCUGCACUGCCUGCUCUUGAGCGUCGCUUCCUGUGUGUGAUGACAGCAUGUCAUGUGUGCAUGGACGUACUCAACUGUGUUUAAUACUCUGCAUUUUAAUUAGAAAGUAACAUAAUAGCAGAGAGGCCUGCCCUCCUGAGCUGAUUUCUUUUAUUCAUGUGGGGCAUGGGCAAAUGGUGGACUCGAGAGGCAGGGGGAUUGUUUUCAAACAUCAGCACUAAGCAAGUGUGCAUUCUUCCUCCUAUUUGCAUGGAAGGAAAAACAGUUAAAUAUUGUCCUAAACGUGAACGGAGAUUGAGUUAUUUAGCUAAGUGUCCUUAUGUGACUUCUAAUAUAGCCAGGGUGCCAUAGGAAGCAAUCACACAUAAAAAGUUUUUGUACAUAGCACACACACACACACACACACACACACACACACACACAGACACACACGAUCACCACUAUAUGUGACAUUUCCUAAUUUGUAUGUGUUUUAAUUGAAAAUAAACUCAAGUCCACAGUGCUGGGUUUCUUGCCUCCUAAGGGAGCAACUACAAGAUAAAUGACUAAAUAGCUUUUGUUUGGUUUUGAACCAUAUGUGGCCUAUUGUUAUAUUGUAGAGUCCUUUAAACUAAUAACAAAAAAGACAUUAUGUUUCACAACUGCUUAGUGUUUACAUACUUUUAGUCAUUGAAAUGUGUAUGAGCCAGUAGCCUAAAUACACGUGUGCCUACACCAUGGUUAACCUGGAUUAAAUCCAAAGUAUGCACUAAGAUAAACAAGCAUUAAGCCAGGAGACAUCUGCCACUUUCCUGUUUUCCUCCCUAAACUUGCUUUGUAAGAACAAGGAAUUUUACUUCUGAAAGAUUUCCCUGCAUAUCUCUGUCUCAGCCAGAGAAGAAAACAGACCAUGUCCAGAUUCCCCAAGGGGGCCGUCACAAAGGGAGUCACUUUUGGCUUUGUUCCAUACCCAAGUCAUUGACUAAUAAUUGUGUAGAACUGAUUAAUAAAACUCACAUGUUAUACACACUUUCCCACUUUGCAAUAUUUGUACCCAAAGGCCUAGAAAAGUAAACACAUAAUUGGUUUGAACAGAAGUUAUCCAGGAAGUGUGUAGCUUGAAAAGGUUUUCUUGAGAAAUCUUGCAUUUCAGUAAGCACUACUGUCAUUGAUGAGGACUGUGUUUGUUCAGAUUAAAAAGAAAAUUGAUCUAUGUCACACAUUGUGAAGGCUUGUAUAUUUAACCAAAAAGAAAAUAAAAACAGUAAAUACACAGCA